AUGGAAAGUCCAGAGAGGCCUCCAGGGGCCACUGGAGAUCCAGAAAUCAUGGGACCUGGAUCUGGGGUUGAUUCAUCGACACCCUCCCAGGAACCGUCACAGCUACCUCCAACUACCCGUGCACCGUUUGCAGGACUUCAAGGUAGCCAGAAACAGUCCAAAGAACCUACUUUGGACAACAGCAACACUUUACAAGAGCCACGACAGACUGGAGAAACCCAACAAGCUCCAGGAACGACUCUCGAAAAAAGGAAGGCUUCUAGGCUGACCAUAGGAUCUCGGACCCCAAUAACUAGGUCUGGAUUAAGCGCGGCUCCAAAGAGAAAGAUUACACUUGCCACAAUACGUGCAACGAGUGCUCCUGCAGAGGAUAGCCUUGUGAUGAGCCUGAUCGAGGAUCUCAACAGCCAAACACAAGAGACGAUCCGCCAGCUCUCCGUCGAGCUAACAGCCGCAAGAAACGUGAUCAGCACGCAACAGGGCCUUAUUACUACCCUUAACGCUAGGCUAGAGAGCCUUGAAACCUACGUGAACGCGCUACAAAGCCGUCAAAUCCUACCACUCGACCCCUUUGACACAACGCGUGAGGUUGCGGCGCACGGGCCACCGCCAAGAGCCGCUUCCACGGGAGGCUUAGCGUCCACCCCAAUACAGCUAGAUGCCGCGCCUGAGAGCCGCGCGAUAAACUCAACCGCACCUCAGCCGCAGCCGCGAUAUCAGAAUCCAACAAAGGCUACGAAACAAGCCGUACAGCCACCUGAGGGCCCCAAAAAAGUAUUUGGAACCGCCGCGCAGACCACCAAACAGCCUGAAACUACCGCUAAGCCACUGACCAAGCCCGCACCUACGAAAUGGGCCGCUAUUGCCGCGAACAAUACCCAAUCUGGAGGAUGGAAAACCGUCCAGUAUAAGAAACAGGCUCCAACACCCUCAAAGACUCUAUUGAUAACGGAAUUGAAGCCCGUGAGCACCCGGAGCAAGGAGGAGAGACGCCUAAUCUUUAGACGACGAUAUCCUAAAGAUGCCCGUACCGCAUUAAAAGCUGAUGUCCUCUUGGCCCUCAACCGUGCCCUUGCUAAGACAGGUUUUCCUGACUUUGUAAGAGCGGUCGAUUCUGGAUACGCAGCCUCAGGAGCCUUGACAGUGCUCCUUGAGCGAGGCACUUGCAGCAGCACCCUCGUGCCCGUCUACAACGAUACUCUACUAGCCGCUGUAAGGCAAACAGACCCGGCAGUUAUUUCUGUGGAGAUUAGCGAACAGUGGCACCGUGUCAAGGUACAGGCAGUGCCUGUGGACCGCUACAUGUAUAACGAUCAAGGCUUAGCACUGGCCCAAGAAGAGAUUGAGCUGGGAACACCAUAUAGGCUUAAACGAGAGCCAACGUGGCUUAAGAGAGCCAAGACUAUACAGGCUAGUAACCAGAAAUUUGCCACGAUUGUGAUCACAGUAGGUUCCUUAGAGGAAGCUCGAACACUGAUCAAUAGAGGCAUCAAGUUUGGAGGCCGGCACCAUCGAGUAGCACCUUAUUGGGAGUCAAAUCCUGAAAGUAUCUGCCCCCGAUGCUGCGGAAUCGGCUACUCCGGCUUCAUGGCUUGCGGUGGCAGGCCUCCUAGAUGCGCGAUCUGCGCAGGUGACCAUGAGGCGAUAGAACACUCUUGUACAGUAGUGGAUUGUAGGGUUGGCCCAGCCAAACCUUGCCAACACACAGUGAUCAAGUGCGCUAACUGCAAAGGUGCACACGAGGCCACAUCUGCUAAGUGUCCUAGAGUUAGAGAGGCUCGUCAAAGGGCCAUCCGGAGAAUGAGGGAACGCUCCUUACAAGACCUCAUCCCAUCGGAUGAGACAUUCGCAGUAGUCCCUCCAAAGCUAGUACUGACCUCAGCAGAGAGACCCGGACAGCCUCUAGAAGAGACACUAGCUCUAGAGGAGGACGACGAUGAAUCACUGCCUGUGAUGCAAUUAGAGGCUGACAUUCAUGAGGGAGAUAGCCAACAGCCACUAGAGCUAGAGCUUAGUCCAGCCACCGAAGCGCCUCAAAGCGCUGUAGUGCAUACAGCCCUUGAAGCAGCACUACAGGCUGGUGCCGGGAUAGCCUGUCUCCAGGAGCCCCCGGUACGUGGAAAAUACCAGAUAAGCCAUCCUGGCUUUCUGUUCUACUGGCCUGAGGGUCCUCGAGAACAUGCUCGGGUAGUGACAGCGAUUCGGAGAGAUUUAGUGAGAGAAUUAGUAGUGGAGGCGCGCACAGAUCUGGGUAACCAUCCAUAUUUUAUGGUGGUUGACGUGCUAGAACAGGGGAGGCGUACGAGGAUAGUGAACUGCUAUGACAACUGGCUAGGAGCACGUCAUACAUACUCAGGAGAGAGCCUACUUACAAGAAGAGCUCUUUCAGAUCUCGAUUGGGGACCAAUUUUAGAGGGCCGAUGUCUCAUUCUUGGAGAUUUUAACGCUCACAGCCCGAUGUGGAAUGCCCACAUCGACCAGAGGGUCAACGCGAGAUCCCUGGAGGAUCUGAUAACGAGGCAUGACCUCUUUAUCAACAAUGACCCUGACAAACCAACAAGACCUCAUAAAUCUAGAGGUCCUACAGCAUCGUCAGGGAAUGAAACAAGCACACAAAACCUAUCCACGGAGCCGAGGGUCUCAAUUAUUGAUCUUACAAUCAGUAAUCAAGCCCUCGGGCCCUUAUCUGGAUGGGAAAUCGAAGGCCAGAAGCUUACACCGUCAGAUCACGUCAUGAUCUGGGCAAGCUGGGAACCUCCAGCAAUGACAAUUACAGAGCCUACAAGGAAAGAAGUCACAGGCUGGCAAAUAGAGAAUCUACUAGGAGACAAGGAGGCCCUGCAAGACAUGGGCCUUUUAAACAAGACCAGGAAAAAACAGCGAGAUCCUGAUUUGACGACGAACCACGCUUAUUGA